GCAAGAAAAAAACCAAAAAAAAAGAAAACAAAAGAAAAGGGAGAGCUGUAGUCGGCCACUUCUCGCCACCUCGCGCAGCUCCACUGCGCGCACCAGCCGCCACCCAUUCCUCUCCCUCCCCAAGCGCGGGACGCCGCCCUCCUCUCGAGCGGCGCGGGAACAGGCGCCGGGCUGCGCGUGCGGCGUGGGCAAGGCGCGGCGGCGUCGAAUCUUGGAGUGGCGCACCGGGUGGAGGGCCUCGCCGGCGGUGGGGAGGGAGGCGGAGAUGAGCCGGGGUCGGUCGCCGGAGCCGUUGGAUUUCUUCAUAUGGACUGUGCAGGAUGUGGGGUUAUGGUUGGAGGAAAUAAAUCUUGGAAGCUAUCGUCAAUCAUUUGAAGAAAAUGGUGUGAAUGGGGAGUAUCUAGAAAGCCUGUCGAUGUUCACUACAGAGCAGAUUCUUCGAUUCAUAAGACGGUGUCAUAUGAAAUGGGGAGAUUUUAUUACACUUUGUAAAGAGUUAAGGCGCAUCAAAGUUGCCUGCCUGAAAGGGGAGCAGGAAGUCCGCAGGCCGUGGUGGGCGCCAUCAUGCCUCUCCGUCGUGUUCGUGCGGGUGGCCAAGCGUAACCGGCAGUCCCGUGUCGUCUCCCUGAAGCUCGAAGCUUAGCAGGCUUGCCGCCAGCCGCCUCUGCUGUGCCGCCACCACCCCCUGCCUGCCGGGGCGUUCUAAGGCGCCUCUCGCUCUGUACCAUACAGCACUAGGUCACAAUGGUCCAGAAACCUGUUUUCACCGUAGAAUCGUCAUGGAGUGUGACCUGCGUGUGUUUCUGUAACUUGCUUCUUUCCCACAUAUAUAGGGUCGUGGAUGGAUCCGAGAUGGUAAAGAUGGUGUAGACGAAGGACAUACAUGUGUUUUUUGCGUUCUGUGCAGAUGGUUGCUCUUUAAAGUGUCUGAAAGUAUCUCUCCUUCGGAA